AUGGAGAGCCAAGAUAGACGCCCUCCCACGGGAAUCAAAGUCGUCAUUGUUGGCGCUGGCUUUGCGGGCCUCUGCGCAGCUAUUGAGUGUGACAGAAAAGGGCAUUCGGUUACGCUGCUUGAAAAGGUGAAAGAGAUGAAGCCUCUUGGAGAUCUAAUUUCCUUUGGGUCCAACACUGGACCAGUGUUCGAACGCUGGGGUAACGUCAUGGAAACCCUGGAACCUCUACUGUACAAGAGCCCCGGGAUCAACUACUUUGAAUGGAACGGACCCUAUGUGACGAGACAGAAUUGGCACGCUGAGAAAAAUUGGGGAAGAAGUAUUAGUGGUCAUCGGGGAGAGAUACACCUUGUCGUCUUACGGUAUGCGCUUGCACGUGGAAUCGACAUCCGCUUUGGCCAGAAUGUGACCGGCUACUUCGAGACGGAAGAUGCUGCCGGUGUGGUUUCAAAUGAGGUGCGCAUCACUGGAGAUAUCGUGCUCGCGGCCGAAUGUGUCAAAAGCCCAGGAAGAAAGAUUGUCCUUGGCUUCGAUGAUCCCCCAAAGCCUUCAGGUUAUGCAGUUUAUCGUGCAUGGUACGACUCGCAACGCUUAGCUGAUAACGAUUUAACUAAGCACUUGGUGAUCAAUGGAGACACUCAUUCCGGCUGGAUUGGUAGGGACUGCCACUUUUUAGCAACAUCUUUAAAGAACGGAAAGGACUUCAGCUGGGUCAUGACUCACAAAGACAACGCGAAUAUUGACGAAGACUGGCAAUUUCCAGGCAAAGUCGAGGAUGUGCUGGACGAGUUAUCAGGCUGGGAUCCAGUUGUCCAUGCUCUGGUGAAAGCAACCCCCCCGGAUUGUCUGGUCGACUACAAGCUUGUAUUUCGCGACCCGCUACCGACAUUUGUUUCCAAGCGUGGACGUAUUGCGCUCAUCGGGGAUGCUGCGCACCCAUUUCUUCCAACAUCAAUCCAGGGUGCAAGCCAGGCCAUCGAAGACGGUGUUACGAUUGCAGUCUGCCUGGAAAAGGCCGGCAGGGACAGCGUUGUGGAAGCUCUGAGAACGUACGAGGCAAUCCGUUAUGAGCGAGUGCAUCGCAUCCAGAUGACGGGAGUAACCACGAGAGAGCAGUGGCACAAAGCUGACUGGGAUGCCAUACGCAAGAAUCCAGAGUCACUACAUAUCAAGCGCGAAGCUUGGAUGCUAAACUUUGACUGCGAGGCGCACGCUUACGAUGUCUAUGAUGCCACGGCCGCAAAGCUUCAGCAAGCUACCUCAGUCUCAGCCACGGAAGACGUGAAAGACUUUUCCGAUUUCGAGAUUUCUGCGACCCCGAUUGCUACACAAAAGCCGGUUGAGGUGCAGUAG